AUGGCUCCUGACAUAGUAGACUCGUUCAAGGUCGGGACGAAGACGGUCGUCGUGGCGGACUGUGACCUGCGAGGAGACAUCACACUAGGUUCAGGAACGAUUCUCCAGCCUCGCUGCACCAUUCUCGCCAUGGCCGGUCCGAUCGUUUUCGGGUCGAACAAUAUCGUCGAGGAGAACGUAGUGAUCGUGAACCGGCUGAAGCAGCCGAUGGUCAUCGGCGACAACAACCUCUUCGAGACGGGCUGUCGCAUUGAGUCGCCAUCUAUCGGCUCGCACAACACGUUCGGCGUCCGUUGCCGCGUCACGCCCAUGGUCGAAGUCGGCUCGAACUGCGUUGUCGGCGCAGGCUGCGUCGUCCAGGCCUCCCCAUUUCCGCCCGAAAACCCGCGAACAGGCGUAAAAGAGGACGAGUUGGCAGCUCCGUCUUCAGACGAGCUCAUGGCUCCGCCGUCUGAAGAACCAUCACAGACCGAUCCUUCAUCCCUCCCCGCUCCUUCCUCCGCCACUUCACAACCCCCUCUCGAUCGACUCGACGACUUUACACACGUCUUCGGCUCGGAAAAUCGACGGCGAAAAGCAAGCGGCGAAGGAACAGGACAGAGCAAGGCGCUCUUCGUCAAGCAUUGGGAGUAUCUGCGUGACACGCUGCCCAAGUAUCACAAGCUCAAGAUGUUCUGA